AUGAACCAGGUCACAAUUCAAUGGGAUGUGGUAAUAACUCUUUACAUAUUCUUCAACUGGUGUCACGGAGGAAUUACAAAUAUAAACUGCUCUGGCCACAUCUGGGUAGAACCAGCCACAGUUUUUAAGAUGGGUAUGAAUAUCUCUAUAUACUGUCAAGCAGCAAUUAAGAACUGCCAACCAAGGAAAUUUUAUUUUUAUAAAAAUGGCAUCAAAGAAAGAUUUCAGAUCACAAGGAUUAAUAAAACGACAGCUCAGCUUUGGUAUAACAACUUUUUGGAGCCACACGCCUCUAUGUACUGCACUGCUAAAUGUCCUGGAUAUAUUCAAGAGACACUGAUAUGUGGAAAAGACAUUUUUUCUGGAUAUCCACCAGAUGUUCCUGACAAGGUAACCUGUGUCAUUUAUGAAUAUUCAGGCAACAUGACUUGUACCUGGAAUUCUGGGAAGCCCACCUACAUAGAUACAAAGUAUGUGGUGUAUGUGAAGAGUUUAGAGACAGAAGAAGAGCAACAAUAUCUUUCUUCAAGUUGUAUUAACAUCUCUACUGAUUCAUUGCAAGGUGGCAAGAAAUAUUUGGUUUGGGUCCAAGCUGCAAAUGCAUUGGGCAUGGAGAAGUCAAAACAACUGCAAAUUAAUCUGGAUGAUAUAGUGAUACCUUCUGCAUCCAUCAUUUCCAGGGCUGAGGAUAUAAAUACUGCAGUGCCCAAGACCAUAGUUCACUGGAAUAGUCAAACAAAAUUUGAAAAGGUUUUCUGUGAAAUGAGAUACAGGACUACAACAAACCAAACUUGGAAGGUUAAAGAAUUUGAUGCCAAUUUUACAUAUGAGCAACAGUCAGAAUUCUACUUGGAGUCAGACACUAAUUACAUAUUUCAAGUGAGAUGCCAAAAUUCAGGUAAAAAGUACUGGCAGCCCUGGAGUUCCCCCUUUUCUCACAAAACACCUGAAACAGUUCCCCAGGUCACACAGAAACCAUUCCAACAUGAUACUCAGAAUUCUGAGCAUCUAACUGCUUCCAUCUUUAAAGGACGUCUUACUUCUGACAACCAGCAACAAGACACUGGACUUUUAUCAGGAAUGGUUUUCUUUGCUGUUAUGUUGUCAAUUCUUUCUUUGAUUGGGAUAUUUAACAGAUCACUCCGAACUGGGAUUAAAAGAAGAAUCUUAUUGCUAAUACCAAAGUGGCUUCAUGAAGAUAUUCCCAAUAUGGAAAACAGUAAUGUUGUAAAAAUGCUACAGGAAAAAAGUGAAUUUAUGAAUAAUAAUUCCAGCGAGCAGGUCCUAUAUGCUGAUCCACUGAUUACAGAGAUAGAAAUCUUUCUCCCAGAAGAAAACAAGCCCAUGGACCACAAGACAGAAAAGAAAACAGAAUCCCUGGAGGCCAGAGACUGCCUGCAGAAGUCAUUACUCACCAGCACUACAGCUGUGUAUAUUCCUGGUCUCAGCACUGGGUAUAAACCCCAGAUUUCAAAUUUUCUCACUGCGGGAAACCAUCUCAGCAAAAAUGAUGACGCAUCUUCAUCAACUCUCAAACCAAUGGCUGAUUCCUUAGACCUGGGGAAAAAUGCCAGAUUUAAAAAAUACCCUAAUUUUGCUUUUUCUGUCUCAAGUAUGAAUUCACUAAGCAACACACUAUUUUUUGAAGAAUUAAGCCUCAUUUUAAAUCAAGGAGAAUGCAGCCCUCUGGACAUGCAAAACUCAGUUGAGGGAGAAACUACCAUGCUUUUGGAAAAUGCUUCACCCAGUGAAACUAUUCCAGAACAGACCCUGUUGCCUGAUGAAUUUGUUUCCUGUUUGGGGGUUAUGAAUGAGGAGUUGCCAUCUAUUAAUUCUUAUUUUCCACAAAAUAUUUUGGAAAACCACUUCAACACAAUUUCACUCUUGGAAAAGUAG